GCCGCCGCCGGGGUGGUCUAUUUAGGUUGUCGUGUGUGCGUCGUGUGUUGAUUGGUUGUUUACAUUAUUUACAUCAACAUUCUUAUCAUAACAAAAGUUUCAGAAUCUUAUUCCUCUGGUUUUUGUUCCAUUUAAAAAGAAUUCUAUAAAAGUGUUUUUAAUCGUGACCGUGCGUAUACUUAUUGAAAUGGGAAAGCAUCAUAUUGUGUAGUGUUGUGUUUGAAGUUAGCCAAAUGUUGGGCUACAGAAGCAAUAUGUGCACCCGGCAGCACACCCAGGCGUGCUUGAACACAUCCUUGUCCAUACGACAGGAGAUACAGCGGUUUGAAAGUGUACAUCCAUCGAUAUACGCUUUAUACGACCUCGUGGAGCUCGUGCCUGACCCGUUAUUGGCCCAGCAGAUCCGAGAUCACGUCGUCGCUAUAGAAGAUUCCUUCGUUAACAGCCAGGAAUGGACGUCAUCUCGUGGUGUGACGGAGUUAAGGGUGGGUGUGCUUGGAUCACCUGACAGCGGCAAGUCGGCGCUGGUGCAUCGAUAUCUCACGGGGGCCUACAUGCAGGAAGAAAGUCCAGAAGGGGGUCGUUUCAAAAAGGAGGUCAUCAUAGACGGCCACAGUUACCUUCUGCUUAUCAGGGAUGAAGGCGGCCCGCCCGAGAUGCAGUUCACAGCGUGGGUAGAUGCUGUGAUUUUUGUGUUCAGUCUCGAAAACGAGACGAGCUACAACACGGUGUCGACUUACUUCAAUAAGAUGUCUCACUAUCGGAAUUCCGCUGAAAUUCCAAUUAUUUUAGUUGGAACUCAAGAUGCCAUAAGUGAAAGCAGUCCGCGCGUCGUUGACGACAACCGCGCUCGUAAACUAUCCAAUGAACUAAGGAGGUGCUCUUACUACGAGACUUGUGCGACUUACGGUUUGAACGUCGAACGAGUGUUUCAAGAUGCGUGCCAGAAGAUCGUAGGAACGAGACUAUCAGCAUCAUCGCAAUGCCUCUCGGGUUCGAGACCGGUGACUCCACAGCCUCUGGCCAAUUCUCCAAGCCACAAUCAUUCCACAUUUCUAUACAAGGACUCCCUGCCUCGUCAUCACACACUGUCAGCAUCUUCGCAUCACCUCCACCGAGGUGGUUCAUCGUUUGACGCUUCAUCAAACAGCAGCGGCAUAUCAUCAACGCAUGUCGUAGAAAUACACAGCACAAACGGCUCGGACACAUCGUCUAGAUGGGGGAAUUCGCUCGGCAGCCACGGCUCAUCAUCAGGACUGGUUUCCAUAGCAACGGAGAAUAACAACGUUAAAUUCACCGCACCCCACUGUCUAGAUAAUCUACAACCAGCAAAGGAUAUCAAAGAUUUGCCAACCCCAUCAUCCACACCGACCACAUCUAGGAAGUCUAGACGAAGAUCGAACCUCUUCACACCAUCGAAGAAAGGUGAUGAUCGUUUGAAGAACGGUGAAUUGGGUUCAGGGAGAGCUAUACCAUUGAAACAGGGUUACUUGUAUAAGAAAAGCAGCAAGGCUCUUAACAAGGAGUGGAAGAAGAAGUAUGUCACGCUGUGUGACGAUGGCCGGUUGACAUACCAUCCUAGUCUACAUGAUUAUAUGGAGGAUGUCAACGGCAAGGAAAUAUCGUUACAAUAUGUAACGGUGAAGGUUCCUGGACAGAAGCCGCGAGGAUCCAAGUCCAUCAUCACAACCGUGCCGGGCUAUAACGGAUAUACCAGUGUUGAUAUACAUGACAGCAUUGGGGGACUAUCGUUAGGCUACAAAGACAAGCCGACCCGAGCUACGGACAAGGCUUUAAUGUCAGCGUUCGAUACUAUGAAGGAGCCGGCGUCCGGGAGGCAGUCCGCCGAUGACGUCACUGACAAAGAUACACCGCACGUCAAGAAACGACACAGGCGGAUGAAGAGCAGCGGGCUCAAGAAGGAUGGGGACGAAGAAGUCGACCCGGCUACGUCGUGCGAGUUCACGAUAGUGUCCUUGGACGGUAAGCGGUGGCGGUGGGAGGCGGGCGCGGGGGCUGCGGGCGGCGGAGGGGGCGCGGGGGGCGCAGGCUCACCCGCCGCCGCCGCCGAGAGGGACGCCUGGGUCGCCGCAGUGGAAGCUCAGAUACUAGCCUCGCUACAGGGACGGACGUCUCGUCAGCCGGCUCCCACCGGGGCUAACUCAACGGGCGACGUUCGAGCGACCCACUACAUACGACGUGUGAAGGGAAAUGACAAGUGUUGUGACUGCGGAGCGCCAGAUCCGGACUGGGCGAGUCUCAACCUGGGCGUGGUGAUUUGUAUCGAGUGUUCAGGAGUCCACAGGAACCUCGGCUCGCACGUGUCCCGGGUCAGGUCGCUCGACCUGGACGAAUGGCCUCUGGGUCAUGUGAGCGUGAUGGUGGCCAUGGGGAAUGCGUUGGCGAAUUCCAUAUGGGAAGCUGAUCUGAGAGGACAUAUUAAACCCAUAGCUACCUCCUCCAGGGAGGAUAAGGAAAGGUGGAUCCGUAUGAAGUACGAGCGUCGUUCGUUCCUGUCGUGUGAGUCUGUCCGCGGCAGUGUGGGCGAGGCGUUGCGGACUUACGCGGCUCGCGGCGCGGUCGGCUCACUGGCUGCUCUGCUGGCAGCGCAGCCAGCGCGCUCGCCUCACAACAACGACAGGAACCUGGCGCUCAGGGCGGCCGCCGCGGCUGGACAUCUACCCGCAGCACAACUGCUGAUAUGGCACAACGGCAACCCGAACUUCCCUGACGCGGACGGACACACGUGCGUGUUCUACGCCCGGGCCGCAGCCAAUCACCUCUCCGGCAUACCGACGCAGUACCCGAAGAACCUCCAGAUAACGUGUCCGCUGCACCCCAACCCACCCACCAGCGGCACUAACUCCACCAGCUCCAGCUCGAGCGCCAAAAGCUCAAAGAACGCUGAACCGGAAUGCAAUUGCAUUAUAUUUGAAUUGCUGAACGCUCAGAGCGCUUCGAACGCGCUGGUCGAGAUACUGAUCGGCCUCCAGAACAAUCAGUACAUGAGCAACGGGUUCGAUUCCUUCACACAGACCCUGGGCCGGCCUCUGGGCAGCCUGUCGCUGACCAACGGCAAGUGCGGCAGUAUAGUGUAAUGGACAUUUGAUAAUUUUAAUCUAUAAGUUUCAUAGUUACCGUCGCAUAAGAUGUACCCACAGUCUCGGACAGCCUACCGACCCGACAGCUAUCGAUGUAACAUUAAUUAUGUUGUCAACAAUCAUGGCCGCUGUUUUGUUAUGUUCACAAAUUUUUUAUUAUAAUUACUUGUAAUUUUUUUUAAUUUUUGUAAGUAUUUCGUCUCUGAUUCGUGUAUUUAACGCUGCGUCGGCCGGGACGCCUCUGGUACUAUUCUUGUCUAUUCCAUACAUUAAGUCGUAGUUAUGUGUGAAGUGCUGUAAGUCUGUACAUUGUUAAGAGGUGCUUUGUUUAAAUUACUCAGUCUCUUGGUGCUGUUAAUUUAUUUUCGGUUUCGGUCGCUAUAUUACUUAUUUAAUUUCUCUUACAUAUAAAAUGUUAAUUUAAUAGCAAAACGUGAGCCAUAUGAUAAAUAAAAAUUAAUGUAUUCUAUGUAUGUAAUAUUGUUUAAUAUUUGGUUCCAGAGUUUAAAAAAAAAUCUUUUUGGUUUUAUUUAAUGAAGAAACAAAGCACUGUGAGUGAAAAUUAAAAAUAUUCUUAUAAUCCUUUGUAAUGUUGAGGAUUUUUCAUAUAACUAUAUAAUUAUCUCCACUUCAUUCCAGUCCAUAGAUAACUAAUUUGUAAAACAUACAUUUUAUAUGUAGUGUAAAUUUAUUUUAUUGUAUAGAUAAUUAAUUCUUUAGCAAAUUUCAUGUGAAAUGAGGUUUAACUCUUAGUCGAAUGAUACAAACGUACUGAACUUUAUAAAGGUCACACACUGCGGGGACAGUGUGUACGAGCCUUUAUUGAUAAUAAAGCGGUUUUACACUAUGGAGAGCACGCUACAUCGGGUAGAGCACUGUAUGGACACAUUUGAAUUAUCAAAUACUUAUAUAAAUAUUAUCACGUCGUAUGCACAUUUCAGUUUUUGUUGUCAUCACAAAUGAUACACAAUUUCAAGAGUUAUCUCCGUAUUUGUUAUUUUGUUUGUUUUAUUUGAACUUUUUCUAUGAGCGCUGUAUGCUUCAUGACGGCGUCGCUCGUAGCUUAUAGAACACACCUAGACGUAAUUUAUUGAAUUAGUGUACAAGAUCUCAGCUCAACGCUAUUUGUAGGGUAAAUUAGAGUGAAUAUUUAGGAUUAAUUAUUGUUCGCUUUCCCCCAACCUCCCUUGAGCUUGGAUACAUUCGCCUUGGCCGCGGGUCAUGUAUAGCUGGUCUUCGGACAAAUGUGACUCGUUUCAAUACAUUCCAAUAACGUUGUCCAAUCUCAAGGGACUCUAGUGGAUGUGAUACUCCUAAGGUUUCCCGUAAUAAGCCAAAUGUACUGAACCCUUCUGUGCCUACUUUACGUAGUCUACGCUUUAUACUAAUGAUUGCAGUCCACGCGAUUUAUAAUCUGUGCGGACUGUGACGUUGUUAUUGUAUUAUACUUAUAACUAAUGUACACACGCGGCGAGUACAGGACGGUGACGGGCGCGCGUUCAGUUGUAACGACACAUGCGACCACGUCGUAAUGUCAACCUUAUUGCUAGCAUCACAACGGCGGUUUUCGAUUGCUUCGUAUAUUAAUUUAUUUAACAAUUUUUAUUUCUUCAACAGAUUUUAUUCGUUUUUAAAAAUGGAAUUUGUAAUUAUUAUUAUUCUUUUUAGUUUAUAAUAAAGCCGAUGUCAGUAUUGGAUUAUAUUAUAUAACUGUAAUGUUUUUGAAAUAUUAUAGAUGAUUUUUUUUUUUAAAUUCGUUACAAGGACAUUUGAUUUUGCGAGUUUAUUACUUUGUUUGUUAGAUAUAUUAUUUUUUUGUAUAUUUUGUGUAGAGGCCAAAGAGCUUAACUUGUAAAUACGGCGCGGCCGCCUUCAGCCGCACUGACUUCGUUACUGUAAUUACUAAGACAUUGUUGAUGUUCUUGAUAUUGUGGAAAUAAAGUGGAAACUGAAAA